AGGGGGAGAGAGAGAGAGAGAGAGAGAGUGUGUGUGUGUGUGAAGAGAGGGGGUGAAUAGAUGGUGUGAGUGAGCAUGGCGUUUGGUGUUUAUUUUACCGGGCUGUUGUGGAAACUCUCUGCUGGCUCACGACCUGACUCGCUGAAGGAAGCGCGCGCGUACGUGCAUGUGCAUGUGUGGGUGUAUCAAUGUAUCAUGUAUCAUGUAUAUAUAUAUAUAGAUUUCCUAAAACAAAAACUACUCGUCCAUUCACACCUGCCUGGCUAUCUAGACACAGGUAUGAGAGGAAACAAGACAGCUAGAGAGACCUUCCUGGCACCCCCUAGAUCCCCCUUUCCGCUGCCCCUCCCCGCCCUCCCAGACAACCUGUGCAAGAAAAUCGUCCGAACAUACAUGUCAAACUGUAUGUAUGUAGAUGUAAAUGCCCAACCCAACAAAUCGUGUCUCCAAGUAUGAUGAAACAGCCAAAAAUCGGAUAUAAAAAUCCCUUCCCCCCCGGGUCGCUGACUUUGGAUGAUCGAUCGCUCGAGAAAGCAGAGACAAAGAGAGAUGCCCAAACACGCUCGCUCCAAGUGCCAAAGAAAAAAAAAAAGGGACGUAGUUAUUUUUCCAUAGUUCAAUUCACAGGCCAGACAAGACGCACUCAGAAGUCAGAACAGGCGCAGGCCCACCGUCUUCGGCGAGCUC